GGCCGGAGUGGACACCCUCGCAGCUGGCCUCACAGGAUCCAGAGAGUAGGCAGUUCCUGGAGGGCUGGGAGCAAGGGUUCCAGGCUUUGGGCAGGCUCCAGGAAGCUGGAGGCUGCAGGCUCAGCAUGUUCUGUACAAGACCAGAGGCGCUGGUGCUCCUGGGAGUUCUCCUGACUGGUUCCCUGAAUCCAGCAGGCGGCCGGGAGGCACUCACUCUGCCCUGGGAAGUGCAGCGCUAUGACGGCUGGUUCAACAACCUGAGGCACCACGAUCGCGGCGCGGCAGGCUGUCGACUGCAACGCGUCGUACCAGCCAACUACGCAGACGGAGUGUAUCAAGCUCUGAAAGAGCCUCUGCUACCCAACCCGCGCCAACUCAGCGACGCCGCCACGCGGGGCAGAGCCGGGCUGGCAUCCCGCCACAACCGCACCGUGCUGGGGGUCUUCUUUGGCUACCACGUGCUCUCGGACCUGGUGAGCAUAGACAGACCCGGCUGCCCCGCGGAAUUCCUCAACAUCCGCAUCCCGCCCGGAGACCCCGUGUUCGACCCCGACCGGCGCGGGGACGUGGUGCUGCCCUUCCAGAGGAGCCGCUGGGACCCCAAGACCGGGCAGAGCCCCAGCAAGCCCCGGGACCUGAUCAACCAGGUGACGGGCUGGCUGGACGGCAGCGCCAUCUACGGCUCCUCGCACUCCUGGAGCGACGCGCUGCGGAGCUUCUCUGGGGGACAGCUGGCGUCCGGCCCCGACCCCUGCUUCCCCGGGGGUGCGCAGGCCCCCCUGCUCAUGUGGACUGCGCCCGAGCCCGCCACGGGCCAGCGCGGGCCCCAGGGGCUGUACGCCUUCGGGGCGGAGCGAGGGAACCGCGAGCCCUUCCUGCAGGCGCUGGGCCUGCUCUGGUUCCGCUACCACAAUCUGAUGGCACAGAAGCUGGCUGGCGAGCACCCGCACUGGGGCGACGAGGAGCUGUUCCAGCACGCGCGCAAGAGGGUCAUCGCCACUUACCAGAACAUUGCUGUGUAUGAGUGGCUGCCCAGCUUCCUGCAGCAAACACCCCCAGAAUAUACAGGGUACCGCCCUUUCCUGGACCCCAGCAUCUCCCCAGAGUUCCUGGUGGCCUCUGAACAGUUCUUCUCCACCAUGGUGCCCCCUGGCAUCUACAUGAGAAAUACCAGCUGUCAUUUCCAGAAGAUCAUGAACAAGGGUUUUGGCAGCUCCCCAGCUGUCAGAGUCUGCAACAGCUACUGGCUUCGUCAGAACCCCGACCUGAACAGUGCCCAGGCAGUGAACCAGCUGCUGCUGGGAAUGGCCUCCCAGAUUUCAGAGCUGGAGGACAGGAUAGUAGUUGAAGACUUGAGGGAUUAUUGGCCUGGCCCUGGCAGGUUCUCCCGCACAGACUAUGUGGCCAGCAGCAUCCAACGUGGCCGGGAUAUGGGGCUGCCCAGCUAUAACCAAGCUCUGCUGGCCUUGGGGUUAAAGGCCCCGAAGAACUGGAGUGACCUCAACCCCAAUGUGGACCCGCAGGUGCUGGAGGCCACAGCCGCCCUGUACAACCAGGACCUGUCCCUGCUGGAGAUGCUCCCUGGGGGGCUCCUGGAGAGCCAGGGGAACCCCGGGCCCCUCUUCAGCACCAUUGUCCUUGACCAGUUUGUGCGGCUGCGGGACGGUGACCGUUACUGGUUUGAGAACACCAGGAAUGGGCUGUUCUCCAAGGAGGAAAUUGCAGAGAUCAGAAACACCACUCUGCAGGAUGUGCUGGUGGCUGUCACCAGCGUGGACCCCAGUGCCCUGCAGCCCAAUGUCUUUUUCUGGCAUGAAGGUGCACCCUGCCCUCAGCCACAGCAGCUCACAACUGACAGCUUGCCACCCUGUGUGCCCAUGACCGUGUCUAACUACUUCCAGGGCAGUGGUCCUGGUUUUGGUAUCACCAUUGUGGCUCUCUGCUGUCUUCCACUAGUGAGUCUGCUUAUCUCUGGGGUGGUGGCCUAUUUCCGGAGCCGAGAACUCAAGAAGUUACAAAAGAAAAACAAAGAGAGUGUGAAGAAGGAGGCAGACAAAGAUGGAGUACCAGCGAUGGAGUGGCCAGGCCCUCAGGAGAGGAGCUACCCCGUCACCAUUCAGCUGCUCCCAGACAGGCGUCUGCAGGUUCUGGAUAGGCGUCUCUCUGUGCUGCGCACUGUUCAGUUGCGGCCCCCACAGCAGGUCAACCUCAUUCUGUCCAGCAACCGUAGAAGCCGUACUCUGCUGCUCAAGAUCCCCAAGGAGUAUGACUUGGUGCUUCUGUUUAACUCCGAGGAGGAGCGAGGCAUGUUUGUGCAGCAUCUGCAAGACUUCUGUGUGCACUGGGCUCUGGGCGUCAAUGUGGCUGAGAUAGCCGAGAAUGAGCUGUUCAGGAAGGCUGUGACCAAGCAGCAGCGGGGCCGCAUCCUGGAGAUCUUCUUCAGACACCUUUUUGCCCAGGUGCUGGACAUCGAUCAGAGAGACGCAGGGGCCCUGCCCCUGGACUCAUCACAGAAGGUGCGAGAGGCUCUGACAUGUGAGCUGAGCAGGGCUGAGUUUGCUGAGUCUCUAGGCCUCAAGCCCCAGGACAUGUUUGUGGAGUACAUGUUCUCUCUGGCUGAUAAAGAUGGCAAUGGCUACCUGUCCUUUCGGGAGUUCCUGGACAUCCUGGUGGUCUUCAUGAAAGGCUCCCCAGAAGACAAGUCCCGGCUGAUGUUCACCAUGUAUGACCUUGAUGGAAAUGGCUUUCUCUCCAAGGAGGAAUUCUUCACCAUGAUGCGGUCCUUCAUCGAGAUCUCCAACAACUGCCUGUCCAAGGCCCAGCUGGCUGAGGUGGUGGAGUCCAUGUUCCAGGAGUCGGGCUUCCAGGACAAGGAGGAGCUGACAUGGGAGGACUUCCACUUCAUGCUGCGGGACCACGACAGCGAGCUCCGCCGCACACAGCUCUGUGUCAGAGGUGGAGGUGGAGGUGUUGUAGACAUCUUUAAACCAAACAUCAAUUCUCGAGUCUCAUUCAUCUCUCGGACUUCUGGGAAACGUUCUUGCCCCCAAGAAGUGGGACUUCCCACCUCAGAAGCCCCAGAGCUGGGAGGCCCUGGGCUGAAGAAGAGGUUUGGCAAAAAGAUAGUGGUGCCCUCUCCAAGGUUGUACACGGAGGCGUUGCAGGAGAAGAUGAAGCAGGGCCUCCUGGCCCAGAAGCUGAAGGAGUACAAGCGCUUUGUGGAGAAUUACCUGCGGCACAUCAUGUGCAUUGCAGUCUUCUCAGCCAUCUGUGCCGGCCUGUUUGCAGAGCGUGCCUACUACUACUCCUUCGCCUCACCAUCUUCGGGCAUCACCGAGACCACCUUCGUGGGCAUCAUCCUGUCUCGGGGCACAGCCGCCAGCAUCUCCUUCAUGUUCUCCUACAUCCUGCUCACCAUGUGCCGCAACCUCAUCACCUUCCUGCGAGAGACCUUUCUCAACCGCUACGUGCCCUUCGACGCCGCCGUGGACUUCCAUCGCUGGAUCGCCAUGGCUGCUGUCAUCCUGGCCAUUCUGCACAGCGCUGGCCAUGCAGUCAAUGUCUACAUCUUCUCCGUCAGCCCCCUCAGCCUGCUGGCCUGCCUCUUCCCCAACGUCUUUGUGAAUGAUGGGUCCCACUUUCCCCAGAAGUUCUACUGGUGGUUCUUCCAGACAGUCCCAGGUAUGACAGGGGUGCUUCUGCUUCUGGUCUUGGCUAUCAUGUACGUCUUUGCUUCCCAUCACUUCCGGCGCCGCAGCUUCCGGGGCUUCUGGCUGACCCACCACCUCUACAUUCUGCUCUACAUCCUGCUCAUCAUCCAUGGCAGCUUUGGCCUGAUCCAGCUUCCCCGUUUCCACAUCUACUUCCUGAUCCCGGCACUAAUCUAUGGGGGGGACAAGCUGGUGAGCCUGAGCCGGAAGAAGGUGGAGAUCAGCGUGGUGAAGGCAGAGCUGCUGCCUUCAGGAGUGACCCACCUGCAGUUCCAGCGGCCCCAAGGCUUUGAUUACAAGUCAGGACAGUGGGUGCGGAUUGCCUGCUUGGCUCUGGGGACCACCGAGUACCACCCCUUCACACUGACUUCGGCUCCCCACGAGGACACGCUCAGCCUGCACAUCCGAGCGGCGGGGCCCUGGACCAUUCGCCUCAGGGAGAUCUACUCACCCUCGCCGGAUGGCUGUGCCAGAUACCCAAAGCUGUACCUUGAUGGACCAUUUGGAGAGGGCCACCAGGAGUGGCAUAAGUUUGAGGUUUCAGUGCUGGUGGGAGGAGGCAUUGGGGUCACUCCCUUUGCAUCUAUCCUCAAAGACCUGGUCUUCAAGUCAUCCGUGGGCAGCCAAAUGCUCUGUAAAAAGAUCUACUUCAUAUGGGUGACGCGGACCCAGCGGCAGUUCGAGUGGCUGGCUGACAUCAUCCGGGAGGUGGAGGAGAAUGACCACCAGGACCUAGUGUCUGUGCACAUCUACAUCACCCAGCUGGCUGAGAAGUUCGACCUCAGGACCACCAUGCUGUACAUCUGUGAGCGGCACUUCCAGAAGGUGCUCAAUCGGAGUCUGUUCACGGGCCUGCGCUCCAUCACCCACUUUGGUCGCCCCCCCUUCGAGCUCUUCUUUAACUCCCUGCAGGAGGUUCACCCACAGGUACGAAAGAUUGGCGUAUUCAGCUGUGGCCCUCCAGGAAUGACCAAGAAUGUAGAGAAGGCCUGUCAGCUCAUCAACAGACAGGACAAGGCCCACUUCAUGCACCACUACGAGAACUUCUGAGCCCGCCCUCCCUGAUGCCUGCUUCCCAUCUGUGCACUGGCCCUUCUGGAAGUUUGUCACAAUCCACCUCUGGCCUCAGCUGGAGAGCUGGAAGAGCCUUUGCCUUAUUACUCUUUAUGCCCCGUGCUCUGAGAAGGUAGAGGAGACCCCUCCAGCUCAAGCCACCUCAGGUUGUGGCAGACCCAGUGGGAAGAAAACAGUCCCUGCUGUAUGACAGCUAUGGAGGUGAAGAGAUACAAUAGCUUUUUCCUCUGAUAGUUCCCCAAGUCUGAUUUUCUCCCACGAAAUUGAUGUAUUUGCUUUGGUAUUUUCUUGGCCUGGGAAUUUGAGGGAGGAUGGGGUGGGGAUGUGAAAACAGGGCUGAAUGAGAACAUCCUGAGAGCCCAGUUCAGCUGUGAUGCUUAGAACCUGGCCAGCCCAAGUGCCUAAAGUCAGUCUCUGAGGCCUUUUCCCUCCACCCCCAUCUCCAGCCUUUUCUGCUCCUAGAGGCUCAGGAAUCCAGAGAAACAAAGAUAUCUCUCCAGUGAUGAUGUUCCUGGUGUCACCCAGCAAUGCCCUCUGUCCUGACCUCUCGGCACCCCCUCUCUGAGCCACUGGAACAACCUUGGGAUUCUGGGAGCAAGGGAGUUCAGUCCGUGGGCCAGACAUCUAAAACUCCUUCUCUCCACUUCCAUAGCAGUUGGGUGACAGCUGCUUUGAUUUACCCAGGACUCGCCCAGUUUUAGCACCAGAUGUCUUUUACCCUUGGCAACCCCUUACUUCCAGGCAAAUCCGGGAGUCACCUUACAAAAUCAGUUGGUCACCUUACACAGGAGUCGAUCUGGAAUAUCACCUCCAAUUUUAGCUCUUUAAGACCCUUCCUUUUCCUUUUUCAACUGGUUUUCCCUAAAACCUUAGCUUUAUUUUUUUUUAAUUUAGGUAUAAUUUACAUACAGCAAAGUAUAUAAAUCUUAAAAUCACCAUGUAUGUGUGUUACCACUACAUUGGUAAUUCUGGAUGAUUGCAUCAUCCCAGAAACCUCCCCUGUAGCCCUUCUGUUCAGUCUUCCCCAAGCCCUAGAAGCAACCACUGCUGUGAUUUCUCCAGGGUAGUUUUACUUAUACUGGAUGUACUCUUUUGAGACUGGCUGCUUUCAUACAACAAAACGUUUUUGUGAUUCAUCCAUAUCAUUGUAUAUAUCAGUAGUUUGUUCAUUUUUACUGCUGAGUUGUAUUCCAUUCUAGAGAUGUACCACAGUUUGUUCACCCAUUCUUCUGGUGAUGGACAUUUGGAUUGUUUUUAGUUUUUUUUUAAAUUAGGAAUAAA